AUGGAUUUCUUCUUCUGUGUGCCUAUCAUCUUUGGUUGCCCCACAAAGAUUAAACCCGAGGGUGACCAAACGCCCAGAAUCUGCCCGAGAUGUAACAACGCAUCCGUGCACUCCGCCAAGUCCAGGCUCUGGUUUGAGCUCUGUUUUGUCCCCUUGAUUCCCAUGUCAUCGAAGCGCGUAUGGGUUUGCACCAUUUGCCAGUGGAACCUUCCCAUACAACCAGGAUGGGAGCCCGCUGUCCCAGGGUACGGUUUCCAACGCGGAGAGGGUAGCAACUGGCAGCAGGCACCACCUUCGGCGUAUAUGAACCCUCCUCCGAACGUAUACCAGCAGAGCUACCAGCCAGGAUACGCUGACCCCACCAUCAAUCAGGGUCAGAAGCCUGAGAGGCCGUGA